ACAAGCGCGAGCCAGUUUGCAAGGAAUUUCGCGCGCCACCGCCACGACUGUCUUGAAGGUACAGCGGUUUUGUAAGCGGACGACCAGCUACGUGUUCGGACCUUUCCAGCUGUCCACGGUGCAUUCCAGCAACCGCUGUCCUUGACCUGCUUGUGCCGGUGUUUUCCUACCUUUGCCUUUGCAGGUGUUCAGCAAUUAAUAAUGGUGAUUAAAGUUUACAUAGCAUCUUCUUCUGGAUCAACUUCGAUCAAAAAGCAGCAACAGGAUGUAUUGGGUUUCUUGGCAGCCAAUAAGAUUGAAUUUGAAGAAUGCGACAUUGCAGCCAAUGAAGAAAACAGAAAGUGGAUGAGAGAAAAUGUACCAGAAAGUGCGAGACCUGCAACUGGGAACCCUCUGCCACCUCAGAUAUUUAAUGGGGAAAAAUAUUGUGGGGAUUAUGAAGCGUUCUUCAAUGCCAGAGAAGACAAUGCAGUUUAUGCAUUUCUAAGCCUAACUGCUCCACCUGGAUCAAAGGAAGCUGAAGCUAAUGCCAGAGAGCAGAUGUGAAUAUGCCAUUUCAAGUUGACCUCCAGUAAUACAGUGAACAAAACCUGUCAGCAUGAUGAAAAUCUGCAGAAAUGGGGAAAGCCUGUUCUUUAUUGCCUAUGUUCAGCUUAAUACAUUCAAAUUGUAAUUUUGCACGUUUUCUAUACAUGAAAAUAGAGCCAAAAAUAUAGAAAGGUAUAUUUUUAAAGGAGCAAUCAGAGUACCAAUUUUAUAUGUUUCAAUAUAUUGUAUAUUUUCUUUUGCAUAUUAGAAAAAAAACAAUUUGUAUUUACUUAUUUUGCUGGAUUUUUAAAUGCAAAAAUACUUCAGUUUAUCCUAUAAAAUGCAUUACGAAUAAGAUAAUAAUAAUUGUAGUGAAUUACUGCAUUAAAUGUUUAUAUUUCAGUAUCAGGAUCAUAAAAGCAGGACGAUCAUAAACCAUGACAUUUAUUAUCUGCUAAUGUAAAAAACCUGCAAACUUAAAAAAAAACAAACAUAUUUUUAUUUAUCAGAUUAUUCAAAUUAAGUGAUGUUGAUUCCCUUUAUCACUGUAUUGUUGUUAAAUAAUACAAAAAUUAUGCAUGGUGAAACAUAUUGCAUACAUUUGUGGUAGAAAUCUGCAAUGGUGUCUUUGGAGAAAAAACAGGUAAUAAUGUCCUUCAGAAACUCCUUGUUCACUGUAUAUUGUGGUCAUUUAUAUGCUUAUUUUAAAGAUGAAUACACAUUUCAACUUGUGAGCAGUGUCAAUGUAGAUUAUAGCAUUUUCCUAUCAGUUUUUACCGUUACAAAACUUUUUUUUUUGUAAUUUGACUUGGGUACCAAUAUAACCAUGAUAGUUAAGAGAGUAGAAAACUGUGUAAUUUUAGGCAAUUUUUUCUAUGUUUUCAUUUUAGGUUAUAUUGGCUACUACUAAACUAACACCAACAUUAUCUUCUCUUAUUUAAAAUAUGUCCAAUAUUUUACAAAACCUCUAUUGAUAUUGAAUGUGAAAUGGCACUUAAUAAACAGUAGAUUAUUAAAACAAAUACCACCUCUU